CAACACUUAACAGCUACAUCAUGUUCACAGAGAGCGAAAGACAUUGUAAUAUAGUUUUCUAGCCAGCCGCCAUGUUCGUGAGAACUAGGCAGUCAAGGUAUAGGGUAGCCGGCUCACCCAAGCACCUCCACGCGAAAAGCCAAUACCGCUAGAUGCAUAUACUGGUUAUCCCACCACAUGCGACCAAAAGUCUGUUCGACUCGAUGAAAGCUUCAAUCGCCACGACGAAUCUCAUAUCCAAGAACAUUCCUUUAGCACUCAAGAACAACAGAUCCGUUCAUCUCACAAGGCCUGCUCUGUUGAGCAGCCAUGUCUCAGUCAAUUACCGCCACCGCAACCCCUCUCGAUGAUGGCUGGACAGUUGUGAAACCAAAGUCACGCCAACGCGCACCAAAGCUCAGACCAAAAUCCCGCCAAAUCCUCGCCCAGGCAUCAGCCUCAGCUUCGCAAGCAGACGUGAAAAGAGUGCGCUCCAUAGCAGAGAUUACAGCACAGUACGAUCGCAUAAGAACACAGUAUGAGUCAGAAGCCUCAUACACGAAGCUGAGGGACCUCGUGAAGGAGCAUGCGCCCAAAAAGGGGGUGAAGAAGGCGGUAUGCCUAGGCAUCGGGACAUUUGAUCCAGUCGACGGGGGAUGGGAGAUGAAGAAGAAGGCCUUCAUACAGUUGGCGGCGUUUCUUCUGAUGGUGCAGGUGCUAGAGCACCAGUCACAUACCAGCAUCGACUGUGCAUUUCAAGAGCCAGUAUUCACCACCUCAGACAAGGAGUUUAUCAAGUCCUUGGGCCAUCGUGUUGUGGACUCACCUGAGGGGUUCGACAUGGUGGGACAAGACACUCUUUUAUUUGGGAUACAUCUAUAUCGACCGAUAUACAUUCAAGCAAUGGAGAAGGCGACCCCAAUCAUGUUUGUCGGGACGGAAUUGGAUGUUUGGGACACUUUGUCCAUCGACAAGAAGGACGACAUCUUGGACGUGCCGACCAUCAAACAGAUGAGCCAGACGCACUCAAAACACACCUUUCCGAAAGAUGAUACCACCAACUCGUUCACGAACACUGCCGUAUAUUGCAAAGAAGCGUCAUGAAUAUCUUUGCCUUGUAAACAUUGCGCCAGCAUUACCCACACCUUGGACCAUUGGCUCUGUGCAUUGCGGGUAUAUUAUGCAAACGCCUGGUAUUAUUGAGUCUUUUCAGCACCGGGUAUCGACAUCUCAGAAUCUCGCGGAGAUGAUCGAUUGGCUUGGAACUUGGCCAUAGCAUCUAGAUGCAUUGCGCACUGCAUUACUCGCUCA